AUGGAGGCACUUGCUGCUCUCAGCCUUGCGGGCAACGUUAUGCAAUUUGUAGAUUUUUCUAGCAAGAUAAUAUCCGAAGCUCGUGCAAUCGAGAAGAAUGGAGAAUCAUCAUCCAUUGCUGAUCUCCAGCGUUUCGCACUAAGCUCUACGAAGCACGCAAGGAUUAUCAGAUCUCGUCUUCAAGCUAGCAGCUACAUAAGACCUCUCAGUGAAGAGAAUCAGCAUCUUGUCGAUUUGGCAGCAGACUGCGAACAAGCUGGACACGAGUUCGCAGUUUAUUUGUCCACAUUUUCGACUUCUCGAACGGCAAGAAAUUUCCUACACAUUCUGAAAGACACUAUCAGAAUUCGAUGGCGACACGAAGCAAUUGUUGCUUUUGUCGAGAAGCUUGAGAGCUUCCAGAGCGCAUUGACACUUGCAGCAAUACUCGCUUUUCAAUCCAAUGUCGACGAUCGCAACGAUGAUAUCGUAUUGCACAUGAAGGAAUUGCAGAAGUCAAGCGACAAAAAUAGCGCUGAAAGCAUUAGACAAAACGAGCAGAUCAAAGAUACACUGAUGGCUAUGCAGUCACAUUCAGCCUCGAAUCCAGUAAUACAGCAAAAGUUACAGGAUUGCCUGGGUAAACUCAGCUCGCUGCAUCGAUCUACACCGCAAAAUCAGACCAUACUGAAAUGGUUGAACUUUCGUCAAAUGGCUUGGAGAUACGAAGAGAUAUGCGCCGCUUAUCAAGAGACGUUUCAAUGGAUCUUCAGACCGCCGGGUUUGGCCGAUUCAUGGGAUGACUUUGGUAACUACUUGAGCGGAGAGGGCAUUGAUGCACCUUAUUUCAUCAACGGAAAGGCUGGAAGCGGAAAAUCAACCCUUCUCAGGUUUAUUGUCGACAAUGAGCAAACGUAUAACAAGUUGGCUCUCUGGGCGCCGCAGAACCAGCUCCUUGCGCUUCACUUUUUCUUCUGGAAUUUGGGUACACCAUUACAGAAGAGUCGGACUGGAAUGCUCCGAGCUAUCCUUCAUGAGGCACUCUCCAAGCACCCCGAGCUCAUUCCAUCAACGCUUCCAGAUAUAUACAGCAACUGGAAGGAUUCUUAUGUGAAUGAUGAACCGACCUUUGUGGAGAUGAAAAGAGCACUACAACUCUUUGUAGAGAAAGCUUCAAAAUUUCUUAAGAUAUGCAUAUUCAUUGACGGUCUAGAAGAGCUGGCCGGCGAUCAUAAGGAGUUGGCGCAAUUUAUUCAUUCGCUUACUGGAACGAAUGUCAAGGUCGUGGUGUCCAGCCGGUCCAUCAAUCCAAGUGUCAACACCUUUCGGGGCUGUCCAACCUUGAGAUUGCAAGAUCUCACAAGACACGAUAUGGAUCAGUACAUCAGGGGGAAUCUGGUGGACCACCAAGCUAUGUGUCAAAUGUCAAAGUUCGAUCCACAAGGAGCAGGAAGUCUGGUUUCGGAGAUCAAAUUGAAGGCUGAAGGCGUCUUUCUCUGGGUUCGCUUAGUUGUACGACUUCUCAUAGAUGGUCUUGAAGCUGGCGAUUCGAUUAUGGACUUGCAAGCAAAGCUUCAAUCACUUCCUAGGGACCUGAAAACCCUGUAUCGAAGAAUGUUGUCCAGAACUCUUCCGGAGUACCAGGUACAAGCAUCUGAAAUACUGCAGAUUUUUCAUGUCUGGAAUACAUACACCUCGCAUCAGCCACUCGGCGUGGUCACUUUUGCAUUUGCUAUGCAGCCCUUGAACGAGGCAUUCACCCGCCCAGUCGCCCCUCUAAACUUGGAUAACUACACAUGGCUGUACAACUGUACAGAAGCACGAAUUCAAAGCCGAUGUUGUGGUCUUCUCGAAAUUGGGAGAGAUUGUGGUCCCACAAACGCUGCUUUGGAUUGGGCCUCUGGCGAUGAUAAUGACGGUUCGGUUGUGAGAUAUAUGCAUCGGACAGUUGGUGAAUUUCUUGUUUGCGGCGAGGUGUGGGAAGAGAUGAGUGAGAUGACACAAAACUCUGGAUUCAAUCCAGCUUUGAGUCUAUCAUCAGCUUGUAUUUCUAUGCUCAAGUCGGCGAGUACCAUCACUACCGCAAGAGCAUCGAGGAUACUGUUUGGUAAUCUAAUCAACCUUCUUGGUUCGUCCUUUUGCUUUGAGAAUCGAGCCUUGCCUGAGUAUAUGCAAUGUAUGGAACAUUCGAUGAGCAAAUAUCAGGACCUCUUCAGCCAUCUUUUUGGCAGAGAAGUCACCCGGGCAGAAAAUUGGCUGCAAUACUUCCGCUCUAAUAUCAGGAGAGCUAUUAGCGAUCAUAAUGCAGAACCAUUUAAAAUAAAGGGCAAGAUUUCUUACAAAGUUAGCAAGCUUAGACGGAAGGCACCUCCUGGAGCCCCUUUCCAUCGUUCACAAAGAGGUACUCAUAACUUUGUAACAGCUCUUGUGUCUUCUACAGAUAAUACAGUCACUCAGAACGAAGAUCUCGUUCUUAGUGGAAAAGGUUUUUGGAAUGCACCUUCUAUCCUUGAAUCUCGCCAGUUUUCAACCUCUUCGCAUGAGUGA